GGUGGCCAGUGGCCUACUCAAAAAAAAAAAAAGAGGAGAGACACGACGACGUCGACUAGAGAGGACGACGACAGCGACCCGCAUCUAAUUCUGGAAGCGUCCACCACCGCCCUUGCCGUCGACCCGUCGUCUCUUCCUCCGGUAACUGCCUCCGCCCCCCACCCCUGAUCCCUCAGCGGCUCGGCCUCCGCCGCCUCGGAAGCUCCUCUCUCGCUGUUCUCCUCUGCGGAGCUAACUCACUGUACUCGUGCGUGCUCAGGACGCAGCCGCAGCGUGCGGUGGCUGCGGCCCGGCGCUGUGUUCCGAAUCGCGGCCUCCUCUCCCUCCACACCCGCCGCCUGCCACCGAUUCCCGUGCUGUGCGCCGCCCGCACGAAUCGCGUCGCCCCGCGCCGCCGCUGCCCGUACCGUCUCCCGCGGCCUCGUACUGCCCGUUCCUCACCCUGCACCGCCCCUGCAACUGGCUCCCCAGCCCCUGGCCGCUCCCUGCACCGCCCAGGGCUAUGCUCCUGCCGUCUGCCCCCGUCGUGCCCCCCUGUACCCUGUCCCGCCGCCCCUGCAGGCCGUUCCAUCUCCCUGCUGCAGGCCCUGCCCUCUCCGCCCCUGCUGCAUCUGCAUUGCUGUCCGCUGCAUCCCCUUUUGGCAUUCAGAGCUAUAGAUAUAAGUUGAUGAGAAGAUGAGUGGCGCUGAGGAGCAGCUGCCGCCUCAGGUCAGCGACGUGUCCAAGGAGCAAGACGGUGUUACCAAGCCCAGUUUGGGGAAAGAGCCCGUUCCAGGGAGUGAGCUCUGGACGGAUGGGCUCAUCUGCGCAUUUGAGUUGAUCAAAGGUCCCAGGAAGCCUGUUCAUCGCAAAUCAUGGCCAAUGAUUGAGCAAGUGCAGGAGAAAGGAUCCACUAUGUACACGAGGAAGCACCUGAGAAGGAAUGGGCACCCUAUGAUAGCUCCAAAAGUGGAUCAGAGCAUUGUGUUGGAGAACCCCCGUCAGGCUGAAUUCUAUAAUGAUCCUUCAGUUCCCAAAGACAGGCCAGUUUAUGCUGGGGAGAUUUUGGAUCACAAAUGGGUGCCCAUUGGAUGGAGUAGGAUCGCCGAACUGGUCCAGAGGGUUCAAUCAGACUCCAGCUGGGAGAAUGAGUUGAUGGAGUUCAGUGAUAGUGAGGAUGAUUACACCGUGGCUGAUCUUGCAGCUCCAUACUGGCAGCGUCCUGGGGGCCCUACUUGGUGGUGCCAUGUCAUCGCGGGCCAUCCCUCAAUCGAUGCAUGGUUGAAUAGCGCUCACUGGAUGCAUCCGGCCAUCAGAACUGCGCUCAGAGAUGAGAGCAAACUGAUAAGCGACCGGAUGAAGUACCUUCUCUACGAGGUCCCAGUAAGAGUUGCAGGAGGACUGUUAUUUGAGCUUCUUGGUCAGUCGGUUGGAGAUCCAAAUAAAGAAGAGGACGAUAUACCCAUUGUGCUUCGGUCUUGGCAAGCUCAAAAUUUUCUUGUAACAGCAAUGCAUGUCAAAGGUCAUUCAUCCAAUAUAAAUGUGUUAGGAGUGACUGAAGUGCAGGAGUUGCUUCUUGCUGGUGGAGGCCAAACACCUAGAUCAGUGCAUGAAGUAAUUGCUCAUUUGGUCAACCGUCUUUCACGUUGGGAUGAUAGAUUAUUCCGGAAAUAUAUCUUUGGGGAGGCAGAUGAAAUUGAACUGAAAUUUGUGAAUAGGAGAAAUCAUGAAGAUCUAAAUCUUGUUAGCAUAAUACUGAAUCAGGAAAUCAGAAGGUUAGCAACACAGGUAAUCAGGGUUAAAUGGUCACUCCAUGCAAGGGAAGAAAUCGUAGAUGAGCUUCUCAGACAUUUGAGGGGUAACGCCACAAGAGCUAUCUUAGAGAGUAUCAGAAAGUGUACAAGGAACAUGUUGGAAGAGCAGGAAGCUGUGCGUGGACGCCUGUUCACUAUUCAGGAUGUUAUGCAAAGCACUGUUCGUGCAUGGUUACAGGAUAGAAGUCUCCGUGUCACCCACAAUUUGGCUAUUUUCGGAGGCGGUGGCAUGGUUUUAUCCAUAAUCACGGGACUCUUUGGGAUCAACGUUGAUGGCAUACCAGGAGCACAGAAUACACCCUAUGCAUUCGGUUUGUUUACAGGGCUUCUCUUCUUUCUUGGAGUCAUCCUAAUCGGCGUGGGAAUGCUGUAUCUCGGAUUACAGAACCCAGUUAACAGUGAGAAGGUGAAGGUGAGGAAGCUGGAGCUACAGCAGCUGGUGUCCAUGUUCCAGCAUGAAGCAGAGCAGCACGGCAAGGUCAGGGAAGGUCUUAGCCGGCAUGGUACAUCACUGAGUUCGUCUGCAGCCUCGGAUGAAGGGUACAUUCUUAUCGCCUGAGAUUGGAUAUUUUUGCUAGUGUGCAAAGUCAUGUUUGAAAGUAUGGAACUGAAGAGAAGGGUGCAAAGUCAUGGUGAUGGUAUACUUGCCCGCGUUGCAAGGGUUGUUAUCAAGGAAUUGGACAUCAAAAUGUUGGAUAUAAUUCUAACACUAGGUUGGCUCUCUGCUGUUGCUAGAGUAGCUGCUUUAUAGUAUCUAUAUUGUUAUAACUUUGGAAAAAAAUUACUAUUGUUAGAAGGGAUGGAAGGAGAAAAGUUCUGGCUUAAAUUAGAUGUAUUCCUGUUGCAG